AGGCAUUGCCUAGCAUUAACCAAUUUAAGCUUCUGUCUUUUUCUGCUUUACAUCACUGUAAAUUUAAUUUGUAUUUUCUCUUUUUCUGACAGACUAAACAAUUAAGUAAUGGGAAAAUUAGUUUGUCAGAUUAAUCAACAGUGUAAAUGAACAUUAGUUGCAGCCCUAGAUGUAACAGCUGCAGCAUUUUCUUAAUGUAGGAAUUGCUGAUUUAAACAAUGUGGAAAAACAAAUUAACUUAGCGUUAAUGUUGUCAUGUCAGUGACGUCCUGUUGGCAAUCCCUUGGGUUCCCCACAUCUCCCUUGGGAUGCUAAUGAGCUACUGCAAUACGUACUCUACAGUAUUUUAACAUUGACUAUAGUAGGAAAUAAUUGUUCUCUGCUUUGUAUUUUCCUGUAUCCAAUUACACCUGGCUUCUCAGCAGGUAGGACAUGUCGAGGACCAUAACAACAUCAAAGGUUCAAAGCGUCAGUGAUCGACAGUGUUCUUUGAUUCUCAACAGAUUGUCGAUGAGAGUUGUGAUAACACUACAACACACUAUAAAACGUCUCUAAGAUACCUUGUUGGUCUAAGCAAAGGAUGGUAGAGGUCAGAGAGUGGAUGAGAUUGUACAGCCCAUAAUCCAUUAUUAAGUUAGUUGUCCCUGGGGACACAACACUCAUUGUCAGUUUGAAGAAGGCAUGUUGGGUCUCCUUGUUUGUAUUCUUUGCACAACAUAUCUGUAUUUUCUUCCAGUGACUCUCCCUUGCCUGUGACUUCACGUGUCUGUUUUGUAAAGUUCCUUGAGUCUGAGUCGGUGGGAGUUUCCCAACACCUGACGAACACCGUCUUCGUGGACCGAGCCUUGAUCGUGGUCCCUUUUGCCGAAGGUGGGUGUCUGUUUUAUUCUUGUCUUACUUACAUGGAUAUCUGUGAACAUACAUCAAAAUUUGUAGGUUGUUUUGAUAGAAUAGCAAACACUAUCUGAGCCAUUAUGAGUUUUUGUGACCAAGCAAAAUUUGCUAAGCUUUACAGUGCUUGGCAUUUUUAGGUAUGUAAAAGGGAAAUGUACAUUUGUGUCCAUGUCUGACAAUCUAGCUGUAAACUUCUCUCUCUGUUAUUUGUGUUGUGGUUUUCAUAGUGGACAAGUCAUUUGCAGAGAGCCCCUUCCUUGCUGGCUGAAAGUGGUCCUCUGCUGCCAUCAGGAGAUUAGAAAAAAAUAAUGGCACCAGGCUCGCAAGCCCCCUUCUGUCUCUUGUUCUGCAGUAAAAUAUUAACUCUUUAUUUUUUUCUCUCUGUUCAAGGCAUCUUUUCUUGAGAAAAAAAAAAAAGCCACAAAACUCUUAAGUAAAAUAAGGGAGUGGUAGGAGAGGGUGCAGGGCAAUCUCAAUUCAAAGUUCAAAGAGUUUAAAUAUUUUUUAAAUAAAAUGUACGUCGAUUAGUAGGCAUGCACCAGACUAGGGAUGCCCCGAGCAGAUCUGCUGGAUCGGUAUCGAGGCAGAUCAAGACAUUUUUUUUAGUUAAUUGGUAUUGACUUUAAAGCCAUUUCUGAUCCUGUUUAUAUUUGAACCUUUUGCACUCUGGGUAUGCCAGUUGUCAAAAUUUCCCAUUGUGCUUGAACCAAUAAACAUCAACAAUGAGUUCACUUCAUGUUAUCCACACUGAUGGCAUGCAUCAGCGUGCUGAUGUUAUACACCGCUUAAAAAAACAGAUCCACGCCGACACUCCUUUGUCCAUUGAUAAUAUAUGCAACGCCGUAGGAAACAUUAAAGACCCUGCACAUACACACUGGUGUUUCCAGUUACUGGCUGAUAAGGCAUAUUUUCAGGUUUAAGUUGGGCGGGGCUAAGGUGGGAGUUUGCUUAGGUCACCAAACUCCAGGUGUAAGUUGCCCUGCCCUAACAGGUGCAACAAAGCCUAGCAAUAGAGUGAGGGAGAUGUCAAUCAAGCACGGUCUUACAGGUCCACACAGUUCUGAGGAGAGAUCAAAUCAGCCAAAUAAGCGAAGACUUUACCUGUGUUGUGGUGUUAGGGUGUGGCUUUGUUUUCUUAAUGUUAAACAAACCUAUCCCAACUGAAUUACUUUAUUAAAUGUAAUCUUGGCCUGAUAGGCUGAGAAUAGGCUGCAUUACAAAAGGAAAAUAUAAAUAGUGUAUUGGGACUUGGUAUUGGCAGAAUGUUAAUAUUAAAUGGCGCAGAUCGGGGGCAAAAUGUUCGGGGCAUCCCUACACCAGCACAAAGUAUGCAGAAUAGAUAAAACAGCUGUGCAUGCUAGAAUAGAUUUUGCAGAUGUUGUGGAAGUUGAUUAGUAUAUAAUUUGGUUAUUAAUCAUGAUAAGCACACAAAUUGCCUUUGGCAUUUACUUGCUUCAUGUGCCAAAGCCUUGUAUUAUUUUACACUGUGCAUCUGUAUUUCAAAAUUUUCACUAACACACAAGAUAAAAGUAGUUUUAAGCCUCUGCUUGAUGUUGCAGUAAAAUGCUUUUUAUUGACCCUCUCCACACAUGACUCUGAAAGAGUUGAGUGAAUCUCACGUUUAACAGUGGUGUUUCUUUUGUUGUUGUGUUUUACAGUUCUUUUUCCUGGUUCAGCCAGCCCUAUAUACCAGGCCCUGCUGAAAAUGCCACCAACAGUUUUGUCUUCUGCAGCCUUAUCCUGUUUCUCAAGUGUCCUUUCUGUUGUGUGUGUGUGUGUGUGUGUGUGUGUGUGUGUGUGCGCGCGUGUGUGUGUGUGUGUCUCUCUCUUUCUCCCAAUUUAAAAUGUAAAAUGUCAGAUAAAAAAAAAUAGCCUGUUUUCAGAUUGCACCAUGGAUGAUCAUCUCCAAUAGAUUUUCCCUUUUGAUUUUACUGUUUGGUUUCUUCAGUUUUGGGCACAUUUGUCGUGAUUUUAUCACAGCUUUUGCUUUUAAUAGCCCUUAACUGUUAGUGCAGUUUAUCUUUGACAUUGUUCUGUGUUUUUAGUAACAUACUGUUGGCUAAAACCUAGCAGUACUGUAGCUUGUUAGCAAUGCUAUCUGGUUGCAAAGUAAGUUUUUCUUUUUUGUGGUGGGAUUGUACAAAGUAACCACCAACAAAAGCCCAGAAAAGGUAAUAUGUCUGAACCUUUUCUGUUUUUGUAUUGGUAAUGGUAAGUGAUGUUGAAAUGUACCCUUGUCUACACCCAAAUCAUGAACUUUUCUUUCUGUAUCUCAAUGUUCUUGUGUGCUUUAUAGCGAAGCAGCCGGCACGAGUCGCUUGUUCAUAAAACAUCUAAUGAAAGUUGAGAGCACAUCCCACGGGACAACUGGCUGUGCUUGCUUACGUUUGGUUCAUGACUUAAAAAACAAGUACAGGAGUCAUUCCUGAUGAAUCUAAAGCUAUGUCUCUGCUGGCUCCAGCCAAUGCCGUGGCAGGAAUGAUGCCUGGGGGAGGCCUUCUUCCAACACCCAAUCCUCUGGCAACAAUGGGAGGGACGCCAUUCGGAAGUCUUGGAGCUCCCAGCAUGGAGCAAAUGGCUGCCAUGGGAAUGCAGGGCCCUAACAUGAACCCCCAGGCUCUUUCUGCAGACUUCUUGAAGCUCAUGCAGUCCAUGGACCCCAAACUGAAUCCAUUAGCGGCCGGACUGAACUUGAAUGCAGGGCUGAAAAAUGAUGCCUCCAAUAAGGAGAUUGAAGAGGCCAUGAAGAGAGUCCGAGAGGCCCAGUCUCUCAUCUCUGCAGCCAUUGAACCAGGAAAUAAGAAAGAUGACAAGCGCAAACAUUCCCGCUCCCGUUCACGGUCACGGCGCAGGCGCUCCAGAUCUCGCUCAAGACACCGACGUACGAAGAGCAGGUCUCGGCGGAGGUCUCAUUCAAGGAGUAGGAGGAGGUCCAAGAGUCCGCGGAGGAGGAGGACCCACUCCCGGGACAGAGGCCGGCGUAGUAGAUCUAGGGACAGGAGGAAGGAGGAAAAGUCUAAGAAAAGGUCUAAGACGCCCCCCAAGAGCUACAGCAGUGCCAGGAGGUCUCGAAGCAUUAGUCGGAGGCACAGGCGAAGCCGCAGUGCAUCUCGGUCCCCCAGGAGGAGGUUGUCCAGGUCUCCAUCGCUCAGACGUCACAAGAAAGAGAAAAAGAAGGACAAGGAACGUGAGAAGGACCGGGAUAGAGACAGGAGGGAGGACAGGGACCGGAGCCGAGAUGAAAGGGAACGCUCCAGCAGUAAGAAGAAGAAGAGCAAAGACAAGGAGCGAGAUCGGGAACGCAAAUCCGAUAGCGAGAAAGGAGAUGUUAAGGUGACCCGGGAUUACGAUGAAGAGGAGCAAGGUUAUGACAGUGAAAAGGAAAGAGAGGAGGACGACGAUGAGAGGAAGAGCGACUCCGACUCUGCCUCAUCCCCCAAAGGCCAGGAUGAGAUGGAGAGAUCAGAGGGUCAAAUCCCUAAAAAGUCCAAACUGAAUGGAGACGACCACCAUCAGGAAGACAUGGAGAUGAGCGACUAAGAACAUCCCAAACCAGACCUCGUUACCUUUUCCACUUUCCUCUUUUUAUAUUUUUAAUAUAGGCCACAACAUGUCUGUGCCUGAUCACUCAAAGUUAAAGAUUUGUUGUCUUAACUGUAGAAGCAUUGGGGGAAAAGCAGUUGUAGAAGGAAAGCAGUCCAAUAAUUUUUGUAAAGAGGACUAAAAUAUGAAUAACAUGAGACAUGGUUUUAAAUUGUCAUUGUUGUACUUUUUUUUUUUUAAUAUCCUGUUGAUUCUUCUUUUUGUUGCCUUUGUGUUCAAACUCUGUCUUCCUGGCAGUAGAAUACACAGCAUUUCCCAUUUAAAAUGCUGUUUAUGUAAAUAUUUUACUAGUCGGGAUUGAGUCCUUUCUCCUUUCAGAUUGUUAGUCGCUCACCUCCCAGCACCAACCAUUUUGCUUUAACUGUAAUGCACGAAGUCCUGUUUCAGCUGACCUUCCUAUAUACAACCCUUUGUAAGUGUACACUGUAGAUUGAAAUGUGUUGUUGCAAUGAAAUACAUUAGGUUUUCCAAAGGAAACUAAUAAAAUUGGCUCAAACUGUCA